ACUUCAACAUGAUUACAUCUCAGUUGCUGGAUUAUGUGGCAAUUUUGCUUUUCUGGGUCUUGAAAGCCAGCUCCCUGGAUACCUUCAUUGCAGCCGUUUAUGAACAUGCAGUGAUCUUCCCUAAUGUUACCCUGACACCAGUGUCCCAUGAAGAGGCACUGGACUUGAUGAACCAAAAUCUGGAUCUUUUGGAGGGAGCAAUCACAUUGGCAGCAAAGCAGGGUGCCCAUAUCAUUGUGACACCAGAAGAUGGAAUUUACAGCUUUGCCUUCAGCAGGGAAUCUAUCUACCCAUACUUGGAAGACAUUCCGGACCCUCAGGUGAAUUGGAUCCCUUGCAAUAAUCCCAACAGAUUUGGCCGCACCCCAGUGCAAGAAAGACUCAGCUGCCUGGCCAAGAGCAACUCCAUCUACGUCGUGGCAAAUAUUGGGGACAAGAAGCCAUGCAGUGCCAGUGACCCUCAGUGUCCCCCUGACGGUCGUUACCAAUACAACACAAAUGUGGUGUUCGAUUCUGAGGGAAGGCUGGUGGCGCGCUACCAUAAGCAAAACCUUUUCUUGACUGAAAGUCAUUUCAAUGCACCCAAGGAACCUGAGGUUGUGACUUUCAACACCACCUUUGGAAAAUUUGGCAUUUUCACGUGCUUUGAUAUACUCUUCCAUGAUCCUGCUGUGACUCUGGUGAAGGAUUUCCACGUGGACACCAUACUCUUCCCGACAGCGUGGAUGAAUGUUUUGCCACAUUUGUCAGCUAUUGAAUUCCACUCAGCCUGGGCUAUGGGCAUGGGAGUCAAUUUCCUUGCAGCCAAUCUACAUUACCCCAUAAAGAAAAUGACAGGAAGUGGCAUCUAUGCACCUGAUUCUCCAAAAGCAUUUCAUUAUGAUAUGAAGACAGAGGAAGGAAAACUCCUCCUCUCGCACCUGGACGCCCACCCACACCCCAGAGCAGCAGUGAACUGGACUUCUUAUGCCAGUGGGAUAGAAGCACCCUCAGUGGGAAACAGGGAAUUUAACAGCACUGUUUUCUUUGACGAGUACACUUUCUUGGAGCUCAAAGGAGUCACAGGAAAUUACACGGUUUGUCAGAAAGAUCUCUGCUGUCAUCUCAGUUAUCAGAUGUCUGAGAAGAGAUCAGAUGAAGUUUAUGCACUAGGGGCAUUUGAUGGACUACACACUGUCGAAGGGAGCUAUUAUUUACAGAUUUGCACUCUGUUGAAGUGUAAGACGAUGGACUUACACACUUGUGGUGACUCAGUCGAAACCGCUUCCACCAGGUUUGAAAUGUUCUCCCUCAGCGGCACUUUUGGCACCCAGUACGUCUUCCCGGAGGUGUUGCUGAGUGAAGUUCAGCUUGCACCUGGACAAUUUCAGGUGUCAAGUGAUGGACGUUUGUUCAGCCCGAAGCCACUGUCUGGACCUGUCUUGACAGUAACUCUGUUUGGAAGGUUGUAUGAGAAGGAUCCUGUACCAAAUGCUUCAUCAGACUUCACAGUACAAGCACUGAGAGUAAUGCUCAUAGUUAUAACAUCUAUUGUGUACUUGUUAAGUUGAUAGAAUAUUUACCUUUUUUCUCUUACACUUUGGAGCAUUUGAAAAAUGAUGGAUGUGAAAAGAAGAAUGGGUCUGGGGUUUUGAUAAUAGUGGCUGUGGUCUAUCAUAUAAGUGAACUACUAAUCUAUUUUUCUCUUUAUUUAGACACACACACACCAGACAAUAUAAGCCAGGUAAAUAGUGACAAAUUUUUGAAAGGUUUUUUUGGUGAGAAUUACACGUUACUACAUUUAAAGUAGGAGACAAGUUCUGGCUCAUGGGAAGCACUGUAUAUGUGUUAGCUACUACAAUGAUGUAUGACUAUUACAGUAAAACCAAUUGUGAUGUAUUUAUUGCUAAAAUUUUAUCAACUCUGAUUGUUCAAAGUGCAUAUAUUUUCCAAUGGUCACUCACCCUACAUAUUUCAAUUAGAAAAGCAAUGAUACUCCACAUCAGCCUGCUGAGUGUGGCUUGAUAUCUAGCACUAAUGUGUCCAGAAGGCAGCUGGGUUUACAGCUAGGAAUCUGCUCAAAAGCCUUAAUAUUUUCUGUGUGAUUUUCAGUGGAGAUUUACUGCCUGUUUAGUGCUUUGCUUAUCUUGUUAGCCUCGAAGCAAAUUAAUAGGGUGGUUCUAAAAUAGACAUUUACCAAAUAUGGCCUGUUAUUUGUUUUUGUAUGGUCUGUGAGCUAGGAAAGUUUCUUACGUUUCUAAAUGUUUAAAGAAGAAAAUCAAAAGGAGAAUAAUAUUUUGUGACACUUGAAAAUUAUUUGAAAUUCAGAUUUUAGUUUCCAUACUGGAAGUUUUAUUGAACACAGCCACAUUCAUUUGUUUAGUACUGUUGAUGGUUGUUUUCAUUCUACAGUUGUGGAACCGAAUAGUUGUGAUAUAGAGUGUGUGGCCAAAAAAGCAGAAAAUAUUUGCUGCCUUUACAGAAAGUGGUUGUUGAUUCAUGCUCUAAAAUAUUAAGUAACAACAGAUUAUAGUAUUGAAAAUUUUUACUGCAAAUCAAUGUCCUGGAGUCUUUCUUAUAAUCCUUUCACCCAAAGAUAAAUAAAAUAUUUUUAUUUGCUUUCUAUUAUAUUACAUCACAAAAAAAUUACAUUGACUAACUUAUGAUCAAAUAUGCCUAAUAGGCUAGUAUCUCACACAAGUGGAUAUAAUUUUUAUAAGCAUGAUUGAUACCUAAUUAUUGUAAGAUACCAUAUUGUAAAGUCUUUUGCUAUAUUUGGUAUGUUCUACAAUUUCUGAGAGAAAUUAUAUUAGUUUUUAUUUUCAAAUUUUUCCUGCAGAGCAGUUAGAACUGCUUAUAUGAAUAUACUAUCUAAUACUUCUUCCUAUGACAAAUUUGCUAGCUUGUCCUAGAAUGAUUUUUCUUAAAACUAAACAUUGCAGGAGUGAAUUUACUGUUUAAAAAUUAUGCUUGCUGCAUUCAUACCUAGCUCUGACUGAUUUUUUUCACUCUGGAUUUCUUUAAUGUGUGUAUGUGUAUUUGUGAUAGUUUUGUUGUGCUUUUCAAAUAUAAUUUUAAAUUUAUUCUACAUUAAACAUUUGUGAUGCUCAUUUGAUACAAAUAACCAGAUUUAAAGGAAGGCCAAUGUGAUGUAUCAGUGAUUGGCUUAAAAUAUUAAAGGAGUCAAACAACCCUAAA